AUGAGCAACACCGACAUUGCCACCGCUGCAGAUAGAGCAACGGCUUCCGAGGGGCCUGCAAUGCUACCUAGUGCAGCCUCGCUCCAGCCGACCCACAUCACAUCGCACCUUCCACCAAUCAAGUCGCUGCAGGUCUCCCACGACGCUAACAGGGAGCGAGGACGUUCGCCCUUCCGGCGUCGCAAGCCUCCGUCUGCGCCGGACGAAUCGCAUCACCCGCCCACCUACACCAGCAGCGGUUUGCCUCACUCGAACACCCUGCAGACGUUCCUCAGUGUCAAUGAUGCACCGCCUUUCAGCUCGUCCCUGACCACGCGGCACGACGACCACAACUCCCAAGGCGAGUCGAAGCUGGGACAUGCGUGGCGGGUGCGCAAGACACCCAUCUUCUCGGGGCUUCUCGCACCCUUCUCCAUCGUCCUUGAAGUGCCAGGCUUGACCUCAAAAUGGUAUGCUAAGAUCGACUCGAAUGGCAUCGUAGAACGCUUUAUCGACAACCCGCCCAUCCUCACCGUUGGCCUCGCCAUCUCGCUCUCGGCUGCCGUGGUCGGCAACGCAGCUAUCGUCAUGCGCUUUCUCGAAAUUCUCCGACCGCGCCAAAGUAUCGCCCUCGCCAUCACCGGUUUCGUCUUGCACGAUCUGAUCAACGUCGUCGCCCUCGCAACGUUUGGUGGCAUCUACGGGCCGAAGAAGGACGGUCUCUCGCUCAGCGCGGCCUACUGGAUGGUGUGUGCGUCGACCAUCACGAGCACGUUGGUGACCAUCAGUCUCGUCGCCGACUUUGUGCGCACCAGGGACUUCCGACAUGCAGGCUCCGGGCUGACGCAGCUGCAAAAGGGGUUGGUGCUCGCAGGCAUGGGCUUGCUGCUCUACCUGUCUCUCGGCAGCCUCAUCUUUGUCUACGUCAUCCAGAUCGACUUCAUCACCGCGCUCUACUUUAGCACGGCGACGAUCCUGACGGUAGGCUUUGGAGAUGUCGUGCCCCCAAGUCCGGGAGGCAAGGUGCUAGUGAUCCUGUAUGCGCCCACAGGUAUCGUGCUGGUUGCGCUCGUGGUGUCGUCGGCGCGAAACACGAUGCUGGAGACGUUCCAGGCGGCCCUCAUGGCGCGGAGCAAAGAGAGGAGGCGACGUAUUGCAGACCGCAAAGCGGCACAUCAGGAGAUGAAACGUCAGGAUCGUGCGCUCAGAAAGAUCAUGCCUCGCACAUUCACUUUUGGACCCACCACGGUCCACACCACGACAGGUCAGAAAGGGGAGGACGAAGGGAACGACUUUGCCCAAGCGCUAGCGAGGAUGGAGGCGCAGGUCGCUGGUGGUGCUGGGAAAGGAACCGAUUCGUCGGCCGACACUAGCGCUGCAUCCUCUUCCUCCAAUGCCGCCGUCAUCGAAAAGGACACCGAACCGGGUCCGGCGACCGCCGGCGACCCCGCCCUCCAACGCGAGAUCAGCCUGCUCCAACAGCACCUCCUCACCGCAAAACGGCGCACAGAAGAAGACUUUCGCCAUUUCGAAGAACACGCCCGCCGCGAAGCCAUCAGUUCGGCACGCAUGAAGCUCGCCCUCGCCGCUUCGGUCACCAUCGCCUUCUGGCUGCUCGGCGCCAUCGCCUUCACCUACGCCGAGCGUUGGAGCUACGGCGGCGCACUGUGGUUCUGCUUCAUUGCGAUGAUCACGAUCGGGUACGGGGACUAUCACCCGGCGACGCAGCUCGGUAGGGCGAUCUUUGUCAUUUGGGGACUGAUGGGCGUGGCGGUACUGACGAUCCUACUGGCGGUGGUGCAGGAUGCCUUUGGAAGCGUCUUUCACAGGGUUCUGACGAAGUCGACGUCGAGACUGUUCACCAGAGCAGAGGCGAGGGCGCGCAAGAGGCGGUUGCGGUCGCGGAAGCGCAAGGAGGAGGAGCAGCGACGGAGUGAGGACGAGGAGGAGGAUCUGGAAGCGACCGCUACAGCUGACCUUGGCAAGAAAGCGAAAGCAACACGUGCACGACGCCGCAGUCGACCACGCCAGCUGCAGCGCAAGAGCGAAGGCGAUCUUGCUCAACACAGCCUACCCAAUGACAUUGCCGAGGCUGCGACGGCGGCGAGAAAGAGCAUGGAGGCAUGCAUCGAAGGAGCAGCUCGAAGCGGAUCGCCUGAGGCCAUGCACGAGUCUGCCUUGCCACGCAUCGACGAGCCAAGUUCCAUGGACGACCUCUCGCAUCCGCACCUCCUGCUGCCGCCGCACGCCGCCGCUCGCAUGGAAGAUGCGCUCGUCUCCACACCCCAAAAGCUCGCCCUAGCCGCGUUACAAACCUUUCAACAUUCCGUCCAAGUCCUCCAUCUGCACGAGACAUCCAUCUCGCAAGCCAUGGCGGACAUUCCUGCGCUGCGGCACUACUACAACUCGCGCCAACCGCCCUCCUCCACCUCCGCGACGAGCGAGAGGCUGGAUCCGGAAACAGCACUUCAGAACCUGCACGCGGCGAUACGGAAAACGGCCAACCCAGAGCACGACAAGGUGGCCAAGCUCGUCGUGGCGAAUCUGGAGUUCGAGCAUCAACUUCGGACGCUUUUAGAAGGCUUUCAGGGUCUGAAGGAUCGCGUGGAGGGGUUCAAGCAGGUGCAGCUGCAAAGAUCGAGGACGCUGUCGCUAUCGAGCGAGCCACAACGGCAGGCUCAAGAGUCGAGCGAGUGA